CUGACUGGAAGCUGCAUGUCGGAUGGCCGUUAGGGGUUUAUUCAGAGUUUAACUGCUCUUUUAUACCAAAGAGUUUCACUGACUUAACAUUAGUUAUCUUGUCUAGAUGACAUUAGCACGCGUAGCUAAAGCUAGUGAUGGAUAUCCUGCUAGAGCUGGCUAGCUUGUGUAUUAUUUGUAAAUAUUGACUGAAGACCCAGUGAACAUCAGUAUCCUAAACGUCCAUAGAAUACGGAGGCCGGUAGCAUGAACCAUCCUAAACCAAUUCACAACGCUGAACUUUUUAAUAAAUGCAGUAUAUGCUGCUCUGUGUUUCGUCCAUUCUAACAGUACAUCCAAAUAAUGAAAGAGCAGAACAUUCUGCCCCUCCAGACCAUCAAACAAAAAUGAUGGAGCUACCCAACUACAGCAGCCAACUAAUGCAGCAGCUAUGGGCCCUGAGGAAGGAGGGCCACUUCUGUGACUGCACCAUCCUGGUGGGAGACAGCCCUCACCGUGCACAUAAGCUGGUGCUGGCUGCCUCCAGCAUGCUCUUCAGGUCUCUCCUGGAUGGCUCCGACACCAUCUCCAUCGACACGGCCGUGGUUUCCUCGCAGGAGUUUGGCUGUCUGCUGGACAUGGUCUACACCGGCAAGCUGCCUCUGGGAAAACACAACGUCAGUCGCAUCGUCGCUGCUGCAGACAACCUGCAGAUGUUCGACGUGGCUGUCGGCUUUAAAAAUGUCCUCACCAGCCUUGUGAACCAGCAGCCCCCGGUCCCAGUGCUUUCAACACAGACAUCAAACCUCAGCACGAUCCACAAAGACCAAAGCGUGAACCCUGAAGGUUCAGCCUCAUCCAACAAGGAUGACUCUACUUCAGACAAGACAGAGCUAAAGACAGAGCUAAAGAAGGAAGAUCGUCAGGGUGAUAGUGAUGAUGCAGAGGAACUACCAUGUAAAAGGGUCUGUGUGAAGCUCGCUGAGUCCUCAGGGCCUGAAGAGGCCAAAAUCUCAGAAAGUGUAGUGGAGGAAAACAACACCAUGGCAGCCAAGGUAUCCAGUGAGUCUGCCAUUGGUCUUCUGGAACAUUCCUCUCAGCUUGUGGAGCUCCUCACCAACAUGUCUUCUGUCCUGAAGCUACUGAGCCAGGCAGCACAGAGCAGCCUGGAUGAGCAGGAGAGACAGGUUGUGUGUCAGUGCUGUGAGGAAGCAGAUCCAAGCUCAGCGUUGGAGAAACUGAUGAGCAGGGUGAAGGAGGGGCAGCUCAGUGAGGGAGUGCUCUUCAGGCUGCUCCAGACUGUCCAACAUAAAGCUUCUUCCUCCUUCCCUCCAUCACUGGUCUCUCUGCUGGAGGAGGUAGAGAGGAACACACAGGAGCCAAACAUAGGACAAACUAAAGCUAACUCAGAAGAGCAGAACGGCACCAUAAGUGAAGAAAAGGAGGGGGAAGAGGGAGAUGAAGAAAACAGUAAGGAAGAGACUGAAGAUGAUGACAAAGAUAUAAAAGCUACCACAGACUCCUCCUCCCCUCUCCCAUCUUCCACUUCCUCCCCCUCCAAGCCCUACUGCUGUCGCUGGUGUAAGAAGGGUUUUGCCUACAAGUGUCGAAUGCUGGCCCACGUGAAGCGCUGCCCCAUGUCCCAAGAGUGUGAGCAGCAGUGCCCACAGUGCCCCAAGAAGCUGGCAAACCAGCGGGCCCUUCAGCGCCAUCGGGCCGAAGCUCACCGCAACACCACACGUGUCAAGAAGAAGGUGGCCUGUGACCUCUGUGGACGGACUUUUGCCCACCCAUCAGGUAUGAUUUACCACAAACGAACAGAGCACUUUGAAGAAAAGCCAUUUGCCUGUGAGGAAUGUGGCGCAAAGUUCGGUGCCAACUCAUCUCUGAAGAAUCACAUGCGGCUGCACACAGGAGAGAAACCCUACCACUGCAAACACUGUGAUAUGAGCUUCAGCGUGGCUGCUGCACUCGCAUAUCACACCAAAAAGAAACAUUCAGAGGGGAAGAUGUAUGUGUGUCAGUAUUGCAAGGCUGUCUUUGCCCAGUCCAUUGAACUGACACGUCAUGUGCGAACACACACCGGUGAUCGUCCGUAUGUGUGCCGGGAAUGUGGCAAAGGCUACAGCCAGGCCAGUGGGCUCACCGUCCACCUGCACACCUUCCACAACUUGUCAGAGCCCCAUGACUGUCAGAAGUGCUGUCUCAGCUUCUCCUCGCUGGAGGAGCAUCGGCAGCACAUCCAGGAGUUCCACCCAAAGGAGUUCCACAAGUGUCCCACCUGCAACAAAGUGUUCACCAGCGCCGGCCUCCUGGACAAACACAAGGGCACACACACCGGAGCCAAACCCUUCAGCUGUGACCUCUGCAACAAGUCAUACCAGCAACUGUCAGGCUUGUGGUACCAUAACAGGACCAACCACCCCGAUGUGUUUGCUAACCACACCCGGCAGCUCAAGACCCUGGUCCAGUGUGAUGUUUGCUUCAAGUUCUUCCCCAGUGCAGCCAGUGUGGCCAAACAUCAAGCUUCUGAGCACCAAGGCUCAGCAGCGUCUGCAGUUCAGUGUCCGUACUGCCCAGCUGUGUUGGGCGGAGAGGAGGAGUUGCAGGAGCACAUCAGCAGCCAGCACAUCAGCCAGAGUAGCGAGGUGUUCAGCUGCCCCCUCUGCUCCCUGGUUUGCACCUCCCAGCUGGAGCUGCAGGAGCACCUGCUCUCCUGCCACAUGGAGGCACAGGAGGAGCAGGAGGCUGAGGAGGAGCAGGCCUCCACCUCCCACACAGUGAUUUCAGCAGGUGAGGAGGGGGCGGAAUCGGUCGUCUCUGAGGAGCAGGCACAGCUGGCAGCUGCUCAGCAGGUUUUCGUGGCUCUGGCAGGUGGACGAGAGGGCGGCUCAUCAGCAGAGGUGGUGGAGGUCAACAUGUACGACCUUCUGAACAGCUCGGUCACCUUCAUCUGUGAAGACAAACCAUCAGGUCCUAACUCUCUACCAUGAACUUUGCCCGCUGGAGGAUCACUCUGGACACUGAGCAGAUUUAUGGUUUUAUUGUCUCCUCUGAUCAUUAACACAACUGCAACACAUUGAAAGGCCAAGGACUGUAUGUGUAGUAUGUUCAUGUUUAGUCCACCAAAGCCUUUUUUUUUCCGGUACAGCUGUUUUUCUGUUUUAAAUAAAUGUGGUAAAAUGUGUGUUUCUCUUUAGUUUUACAUACAGAACCCCAGGCUGGCUUAUAAGGGUCGCCCCCAAUCAGCAUGGAAAGUCAAACAGCAAACACAAAAGCAGAAAGAGAUAUCUGACCUCUGAGGCUGCCUCGUCUGUUUUUAUUUCAGUAUCUACACUCCGCAGACAACAACCCCCCAGGAGACAAUGACAAUGAGUAGUGGGUGAACGUUGCUGACUGCGGAAACACUCUUACUAGCUUUUUCUCAGCUUUCAACCACAACUGAGCAAACUCAAUUCACUGUUGGUGACCAAGAGAUGUGUUUGUCCAGUUCCUUUGUUUGUUUUGGUCAAACCAGUCAUGAAGUUUGCAUAAUUUCAUAUUUUUCUUAUUCUGAACUAAACCCAUGAAAAGACCAAAGCCAACAAUGUUUUUGUUUGUCUCCCGACACUUUCUGACUUCCCCACUCUGUGUGUAGCUCUCAGCCCCAAACCUGUUGGUUCCUAAUUUUGUUAUGUCGCAGCCUCAUGCAAAAAUUGUUUAAAUUCAUUUUUUCCCUCAUCAAUCUACACUCAAU